AUGGAUCGCACGCCGUUUGUUAUUAAGUGUAAGCCAACAACCGCGCCAAGCGAGCGCACAUCAACUCCGUUGUUGGUAAUCAAGACAAAUAAAGGGGAAGGUCCGACACCGUUAAGGAUCACUGCUCCAAGACCUUUUCCCUACGAAUCGAAUAAGGCUGUGCCAUGGAUAUACGACAUCCAUUCUUCUGCCGACAGCGAUAUCUCUAACAUCGCUGGACUUGGGGGCAUGACUAGGAGUGGCAGGAUCUACACUCCCGAAGAUCUUCAUGAUAAAGCUCCCAAGAAUAAAGGAAAAGAAAAAGAAAAAGAGAAAACCGAGGAAAAUAAAGAAUCCGAGGAGGAGACUGACGAGCUGUUAAAGUAUAUCCGACAGAGCGAGUACUCCAUCGUGGAUCAACUUCAUAGGACGCCAGCAAAGAUUACUCUGUUGUCGUUGAUCCUAAGCUCCGAACCGCAUCGGCAAGCUCUGUUGAAAGUCUUGAACGAGGCAUACGUGUCGCACACUAUCUCCCAAGACAAGUUUGAGGGGAUUGUUAGUCACAUCACGGCUAAUGAUCACCUCACUUUCACCGAUGAAGAAAUCCCCGCUGAGGGACCGAAUCACAACAAGCCCUUGCACAUCUCUGUAAAGUGCAAGGAAUAUCACAUCGCUAAAGUCUUGGUAGAUAAUGGAUCUUCCUUGAAUGUGAUGCCAAAAAGAACGUUCGAUCAAGUGGCAAUCAAGGGAAUCCAAAUGCGCCCGAGCAACAUGAUCGUUCGAGCUUUCGACGGUUCUAAAAGAGAAGUGGUGGGAGAAAUCAAUCUUCCAAUCCAAAUUGGACCCACCAUCUUUAAUGUCGAAUUUCAAGUGAUGGACAUUACUCCCGCAUACAGCUGUCUCCUCGGCCGACCUUGGAUUCAUGAUGCGAAAGCUGUUCCCUCUACGCUCCACCAGAAAGUCAAAUUCAUAGUGGGUGACAAGCUGGUGACCGUACAAGCUGAAGAUGACAUACUCAUCAGCAAGCCAUCUGCCAUACCUUACGUGGAUGCAGCAGAGGAAGCUCUAGAGACCGCCUUCCAAGCAUUGGAGAUUGCCAAUGUCGAAACGUUUCCCCGAGAAAUGAAGAAGGUAGCCUACAUGCUCACCAAGAACGGAUACUUGCCUGGACAAGGACUUGGCAAGGAUUCCCAAGGAAUUCCCGAGCUACCCACCAUCAAGGAUAAUCCGGGGAAACAAGGGUUAGGAUACAACCCUAAUAAAGAUCAAAGGACGAAGAGGAACCAAGAUCCUUCUCGACGUUCUUUAAGCCAGAUCUUUAGGAAGGCCGGUUCACAAGCGUCAAGGCCGGUCGUCGUCAUCAAGUGCUCUUCUUCUUCCGAUAGGGAUGUAUAG